AAACCUUGUUGCUGCGCAUUUGUUCAUUAUUUAACAGACGACAGGCAACGAACACAUACACACAGAGCGAUAAAUAAAUCGAAGAAAAAGAUGGCUGAAAUCGAGAUUGACAGCAUAAUAGAAAAGCUUUUAAACGUGCGAGGAGGCCGUCCAGGAAAGAAUGUACAGCUCACGGAGCAGGAAAUACGAGGACUAUGCCUGAAAUCAAGAGAAAUAUUUCUUGCCCAGCCGAUGCUGCUGGAACUGGAAGCGCCAUUGAAAAUUUGUGGUGAUAUACACGGCCAAUAUUACGAUUUAUUGAGAUUAUUUGAGUACGGAGGCUUUCCACCAGAAUCUAACUAUUUGUUCCUUGGCGACUAUGUGGACAGAGGUAGACAGUCAAUAGAAACGAUAUCUUUGUUACUGGCAUACAAAAUCAAAUAUCCAGAAAACUUCUUCUUGUUGCGUGGUAACCAUGAAUGUGCAAGUGUUAAUAGACAGUAUGGAUUCUUUGAUGAAUGUAAUAGACGUUAUUCUCAAAAGUUAUGGAAAACAUUUACAGAUUGUUUCAAUUGUUUGCCAGUAGCAGCUGUAAUAGACGAUAAAAUAUUUUGUUGCCAUGGAGGAAUAUCACCAGAUUUACAGUCACUGGAACAGAUUCGAAGGCUUGCAAGACCAACAGACGUGCCUGAUACAGGUCUGUUAUGCGAUUUGUUAUGGUCUGAUCCGGAGAAGGAUGUUAAGGAUUGGGGAGAGAACGAUAGAGGUGUUUCUUUUACAUUUGGAAGUGAUGUCGUCAGCAAGUUUUGCAACAAACAUGAUCUUGAUUUGAUAUGCAGAGCUCAUCAGGUCGUUGAAGACGGUUAUGAAUUUUUCGCAAAAAGGCAAUUAGUGACCAUAUUUUCAGCACCAAAUUAUUGUGAUUUUGAUAACGCUGGAGGGAUGAUGUCUGUGGAUGAAAGCUUGAUGUGCUCAUUUCAGAUUUUGAAACCAAUGCAGAAGAAACUGAAGUACAAAUACGAUGGUAUAAAAUCAGAUAGACCUUUGACCCCACCAAGACUUCUCCAGAGAAAAUCCUCCGUGAAGGAAACAUGAAAAAAGUUUUAAAAUUUUCUACAAUUAAAGAGAUUGAUAUUGCAAAACUGAAGAUCUUACAGUGUCAUGACCAUCAUGGAUUCAAAACAUUUUCGUGUAAUUAUUUAAACAGUCGUGUUAGAGCAAGGAAAUGUCUAAUAUUUUGCUUCAUUGUAGCAAUACAUGUAUACAUAUUUUAUAUUCCACAAAGAUUCCAUUUGAAUCUGCACUGAAGAUGGACACAUUAUGUUUCUGAAUUUGAAGCAGUAAAGUUUUGUUUGGUUAUAUUUUACAUACAU